AUGAGUAGGUUUGUGCAAGGGCGUCGUGUUAUGACAUCAUUCAUGGGUAGGUUUGUGCAAGGGCGUCGUGUGAUUACAUCGCGUGUCGACCAUGGCUAUCCUGAUCUGCGACCUAAACGCGAGCUUCGUUACGACCCUCGAAUUGGGCCGUUUGAUUUUUUUGGUAGGCCCCUGCCUCGGCCCAUAAUCUCGAAGGCGAUUGAGCUUUUGAAAGGACUCACCGAUGAGGAAAAGUACAAAUAUGGUCAUGUAUUCAGUCAACUGCUGGGGCUUCCAAAACCUCCCGAGGAGCCAACCACAGGAACGUUUGCUGUGAAGCUCGUCGAGUAUGAUGAUGAGAAAUUGCAGGAGGUGCUUAAAGAAAUUGUAUGGGUCAAAGACACUAUAAAAGUGGUCAAAGAAUUUGCGGAAGAAGAAGUGGGAGCUUCGAUUUAUGCUAUGGAAAACCUCCCCUCCGUGAUUAAAGAAGGUAUCUCGGAGGAAGAAGCUGACGAAAUCAUUGCCAAGCUCAAAGCUGCUGGUGGUGUCGCUGUUAAGGAAGACGCUGCUAAGAAACCAUUGGAGUGA